AUGUCAACUAGUGUGCAGUAUGAAACAUUUGUGAUAGUGUCGGACGAAGACAUGCAAGAUUUGUUUCAUUGUCGGCGCAGUUUUUCAGUAGUGAGAAUACACGAGCUGUAUGCCAAGUUAGAAGAUGGUGUCGACAACUCCGGAGCAUCAGCGCCGAAUCCUCAGUCAACGGUGGGGUGUGCUUCUACCUCGAUGCCUGUCAUUGCACCUGGUUGUCUGUUGGCUGAACCUCUAUCUAUUCCAGUUGGGUUAGCUAAGUCACCUGGUUUGAUUCCCAGUCUUUUAGGUGAUGGUGAAUCGGAUGGGGUUAAAAAUGCGAUGCAAGAGGAUGAUUUGGACGAUGAGCCAGCUCACAUCUUAGGGGAUAAUGACAAGGAUACUACUAGGAACCCACCAACACGUCAGGGGCUAUCCAGUUCUGGGUCACACCAACACCCGCCACAUUUCUCAACCUUGAACUUGGAAGCCAUCGGCCAGCAACCGGACAUAGAUCCCAUUUUCGGAGGUCAAGGAUUACACAAGGAAAAUUCUUCUGGGAAAUUUCAGAUUGGCCAAUCUUUCCAAUCUAAGGAGAAAGCUGUGUUGAGUAUUAAGGAUUAUAGCAUCCGUUGUAGAGUUGAGUAUUGGGUGAUAGAGUCAGAUCAUCUGAAAUAUCAUGGGAGAUGCAAGGAGUUCGGGAACGGUUGCACGUGGAUAAUUCACAUCACACUUCGGCAGUGCAAAGGUAAUUGGGAGGUUAGAAGAGCUGAUGUAACGGUUACGAUAAUGGUGUUGCAAGAAGCUACUGAGGUAACCUAUGGAUUCAAGCCUAGUUAUAGGAAGGUGUGGAUAACAAAACAGAAUCAACUUUAUUUUGCCAACUCAAAUGCCACACCUGAUAGUAACUCGGAAACCACCUAUCACCACCCCUACCAUCCUUGCCAUGAAGCAAGUUGA